GCCAGAGGCUUCCGUAAGCAUUCCAUCGCUGUGACUUGCAAUAGUGUUAUAUAGUAGUUGUUGUCGUUGUGAGUGCAGUGGGAAAAGCAUCGAAGGCGCACCGACCUCACCAAAGGCAUAAACUAUGGAAGAAAUCAACAACAUUGAAGUCGUGCCAUGUACCAACUCUAACUAUUUGAAACCAUUCAGGUUGCACUACAAUCAGAAUGGAACGAGGAAAUCCUGGGACUUCAUGCGGACACACGACAGUGUCUCGGUCCUGAUCUUCAACACCACCUCACACUGUUUUGUCCUGGUCAAGCAGUUCCGCCCAGCUGUGUACAUGUGUGAGUGGGAGAAAGCCAAGCAGCAACCGCCGGAACCCUCAGAGGAGACUGCCGAGGAGGGCGGGGCCGCUGCCGCCGCCUCCGCAGCCACCACUCCUUCGGCCGAGGGCGCCGCCGCCGUGGAGGAGUCGUCCGAGGGCCCGGCGGCCGCCGAGGAAGAGGGGGCUGCUGCCUCCUCCUCCUCGUCCGCCUCCCCCCCCGCGGACGGGGGCCAGCCCCCGGCCGCGGUGGGGGUCACCUACGAGCUGUGCGCCGGCCUGGUGGACAAGCCCCAGCUCUCCCUGGAGGAGAUCGCCCGGCAGGAGGUGCUGGAGGAGUGCGGCUACGAUGUGCCCGUGGCCAAGCUGCGGAGGAUCACCUCUUACAGGUCGGGCGUGGGCGUGACGGGCGCCAAGCAGACCAUGUUCUACGCGGAGGUGUCGGAGGAGAACCGCGUGGGCGCGGGCGGCGGGCAGCCGGAGGAGGGCGAGCUGAUCGAGGUGGUGACGGUGCCCCUGCACGAGGCCAUGACCUUCGCCUACGACGAGAGCAUCCCCAAGACCAUGGGCGUCAUCUUCAGCUUCAUCUGGUUCCACAACAACAUGUCCCCCAAGUACAAGAUCUCCACCAACGUGUAGAAAAGAAAAACUAACUUGAGGAUCCACCUUGUGUGUCGUCACCAGUGUGUAAAGAAAAAAAAAAAUAGUAAUACGAAAAAUGUAGAGAAGGAAGAAAAUCCACCAGCCACUCUUGCGCAACACCCUACCCCCACCUUGCCAUCGUGUGUCGCAUCCGCCAACCCCCCUCCCCCUCUCGACUCCGAUAUCAAAUGAGGGCAAGUGAUGGCCCAUCCCCCAACCUUCCUUCCUCGCAAGGUCUUAAUCCUUCAUCGCAUUUGACGCCUUCGUACGCGAUAAAGGGGCCGAUAAAGUUCCUUGUCUCGUUGGCGACUUUUCUCUCCUCUUUGAGUUUGGUUCUCUUCUCGUGUGUGAAAAGUGUUCCUCAUCACGACAGACGCCAUAUGCUGGGGGGGGUCACUGGCACUUUUUAGUUUUGUGUUCUCGAUGUUUGCUCCAAGUCUUUCGUUUGCCAUCGUUCAUAUAUCAAUAUAUAUAUGUAUAUAUGAUUGCCAAUGAUAAAGCCAUGAGUCGUAAUGCAAAAAAUCUACACACAACUAAACAAUGCCUGGUCAAAGACGGGGUCUCCGGAGUCUGAUAACCAUCUCUACUUCUACAGGCAUUCCUCCUUUGAGAUAGCAAUACAUUGUACCCCAGUGUGACUGACGUUAACGUUUUGAGUGUGUGUUGUGUCUGUUUUGUUUUUAAUUCACUCCCAAGAUUUCAGUAGUACAGCACCAUUUUUUUCUUUCUUAUAGUAAAUGGAAAACAUCAAUUUUAUUCUAUUUAAAUCUAGGUAACGACCCAAACUUUUUAUACUUGGGUAAAAGCUAGGAGUCAUUGGGAGUCGGCUUGUAGUGUUUAUUCCAUUGCUGAGUCAUUUAGUAUAAAGCGUAUACAAAGCAGGACUACAAGUCAUAUGUAAUUGUUGGCAGAAACAGGUGAUCCACAAUGCCACAUUUGCUAAGCUCUCAGGUGCAAAUCAUGCAUGUUAUCACUAUCCAAAUGCAUGAUGAUUAUAUUAUGUAUUGAACUUGAUUUUUGAUCAUACUACUUACAAGCUACCAACAAGUAAUGAUGUUUUGGCAGCUUAAACAUCCAACAAUAUAUUAAUUUGGCCUUUGACAGUCAAGCCAAAAGAGCCUGAUACCAGACUAAACAAGGAGCAGUAUGUAAAUGUGGAAAAGCAAUUAUUUUCUUACUUGGCACAAUCUAAAGUAUGUCUUUAACAAAUCUAAAUAUCGUAAUCGUACGAUGAAUGAUUACAACGGUGCACACUGAGUUUGGUUCUUUGUUUUUUCUUUCUUUUUUAAAUGUAUCAUCACACUGUAUAUACAUGGCCGGUUACCUCUUCCCUCAUUAAGUGUACAAAAUGAGUAUCACUAUUUGCAUAUAAAUGCUGAAUUGAACAGUGUGUGGGGGAGGGAUAUAUGAGGCAUUGAAGAAGCAAUUCAUAUGGCACAUAACAACAGCUUCACAAGCUAAAGAAAAAGUCGAAACGAUAUAUAUUUUCUUUUUUCUUAUUGUUUGCUUGUUGAGUUUCCACUAUACGUUUGAUUCUCCCAACACAUAGUUUAGUGAUCAGGAAGGUCCGUGCGCUUCACAUCGACCCCCAGUCAAAGGACCACGGACCAGGUUUAACUAAAUAUCUAUGGUGGCUUGUGAAGGUCGGCCUCAACCUAUUCUACAACAUGGGAUCUGGGAUCUAUCUGCGCGGACAAACAAAACACCAGUGUCACUUCAUUGUCAUGGUCUGUAUUUUUAUUUAUUUUUUAUCAAAAUAUGCAUAUAUUAGUAUGGAUAUAUGCUGCAGUUGUAUGGCUGUAAUCCAACCUUUUCCUCUCGAGAAAAGGUUGGCUGAAACGUCAUCGACAGAAAAUAUCUCAGACUGCCAUUGGUAAGCCAUAAGCAAACGCUAACAUUUCAGGGAUGGCACGGAACACACUUAGUGCCAUUAGCCAGAGAAGAGGUCAUCUCACCUGGCACAAUUUGAGCCAAUCAGAGAGAGUUAUUGCAAUAACCAGGGUUCCACCAGCGAUCGUGCUACCCCUGAGGUCUGAUGUUUGUGUUUGCUUAGCAUUUCAAUCCCACAAUCAUGGCACAUGAUGAAUCACCCUUUCGGCAUGGUUUACAAGAGGUAUGCUUACGGAUAUGGAAUAUGAUUGGAUUAAAAUGUAACUCUGAAUCGCGGUCAUCCAAUGACCUAUCUGCCCACCAUCCUGCCAAACAAUAUACGAAUAAAUGGGUGGUAAACAUCUCAAACGUUGUGCUAUUUAAAUAAAAUUGCUCCGAGUCCUUUUCAUCAUUGGUUCACAGUAUUGUGGGUGUGCAGGAAUCUCAAGAUUUUCAGUCGGCUUUCCUACUGUUGAUUUAUAUGAAUUGAAUUGAAUUGCUGUUUGGAGUUUCUACCACCAUAACUUCGGCCAGUAUAGGCCCAGCAGAUGUAGACCUUUAUUUUGGCAUGCUCUUGCUUGUUUUUGAGGGCCCAACCCAUCGGAUUUACGAGCUAAACGUCUGCAUCGGGAGCGUCUGUCUAUACAGUGUAGCCCAUCCCUGCACUGUAAAUGCUUACUCAGCAUUAUUUUGUCUUUUAGUUUGUGUUUUCCUAAAUGUUUUUUCUAUGUAUUGUCAGUGACCACGGGUUGAGUUGUAUCUUGCAAAAUAUCACUGAGGUGCUAUGUCUAGUAUUCUCUACUUCUCUACGGAUAUAUUGUCAUUGAAUCAGUUUUGACGAAGCCUUUUCACUGUUGAUUUCUUGCUGUUUCUUAAAUGUGUAGCCCUGAUAAUCUUAAAGUUAGUCCUUCGUCAGGAAAAGAUAUGAGUUGAUAUUUUUUACUUAGAUUUUGUUAUAUAUGGCUGAUGUACCUGUCAAGGGAAAUCUUAUCAAGUAAAUCUUGUCCUUCACGAUUCCUGCUAGGGCAGUUUGUGGAGCGGCCAUCUUGAAGGGCUCCUUGGAUGCAGUGGUUGAGCCCAGUGUAGCACAUGUGCUGAUCUAGACUGCAGUAUGCGCUCUGGAAGAACUCGACACAGAAUACCUUUUGAAGUAGAACCACUAUUAUCACUAUUCUGCUGGUAAGGGCAAACAUGUAGACAUGUGUACAACUGUUUAGUUCUGUUUGUUGGUUUCCUUUUCAAUUUGGGUAUUGUCUUACACCAAAUGUGUUCUUUAAAAUAUUCAUAAAAAUGGAUUUUCAAAGGCGCUGGAGUGCCACUUCUUAUGCUUUAUUUGGAGUGACUAUUCAUUGUGGGCAGUGCUGUUGAGUAAGAUUCCAUUUUUCGUUUUGUAUUUAUUAUAUACAUGUUUCAAUACUUACAUUUUAAACAAACUGGCACUUGGUACAAAUAAAUGUGUGUGUAUAUAUAUAUUUAUAUGUAUAUGUGUACAUACGUGUGUGUGUGUAUAUA